GCAUUGCGUGUCUAUGUGGUGUGAUUCUAUGACUGGCCGCUGCAUUGUUUUGAUUGGGGAAAUAUCCUUUUGGAUAGGCAGAUAAAAGCAACGGAUUACGUUUGUCGAAGAUCUCACAGGUUGUCGAAGAAGACAUGGAUGAGCAGACUGGCUCUCCUGCAGCAAACACUGACAACAACGGCCAGAGGAACGGAGAUGAGAAGCCCCGACGUGGUAGCUGGACCAAGGGGAGGAAGAGGAAGAAGCCGAUGAAGGACAGCAACGCACCCAAAGCCCCGCUUACAGGCUACGUUCGCUUCAUGAACGACAGACGGGAGCAGCUACGCGCAGAGCGUCCAGACGUGCCCUUCCCGGAGAUUACCAGGAUGCUGGGCAACGAGUGGAGCAAGCUGCCCCCCGACGAGAAGCAGCGAUAUUUGGACGAGGCAGAGAAAGAUAAGGAGCGCUACAUGCGGGAGCUGGAGAAGUACCAGAAGACGGAGGCCUACAAACACUUCACCAGGAAGGUCCAGGAGAAGCAGAAGGGCAAGCGGCACAGAGGAGAUGUUGGGCACCAGGUAGCAAACGAGGCUCUGCACGAGAAAGAUGCAGAAGGGAAGGACAGAACUGUGUUUGACAUACCAAUCUUCACCGAGGAGUUUCUCAACCACAGCAAAGCACGUGAGGCUGAGAUGAGGCAGCUGCGUAAGACCAACAUGGAGUACGAGGAGCGGAACGCAGCGCUGCAGAAACACGUGGAGAGCAUGCGCGGGGCGGUGGAUAGGCUGGAGGGGGACGUGAUGCAAGAGAGGGGACGCAACGGACUCCUCCAUCAGCACCUGGAGACCCUGCGCCAGGCGCUCGCCUCCAGCUUCUCCUCCGUACCCCUGCCAGGUAGUGGAGAGACGCCCUCACUUGACACCAUCGACUCCUACAUGAAGAAGCUCCACAGCAUCAUUGUCAGCAGCCCCCAGGACAACGAGAAUCUCAUCAACACUGUGAGGGACGUGGUCAACCGUUUGGACAGAUAAUUGGACCAGGUCCAGCUGAUUUGAUGGAUUGAGAUUCACAGUGACGCUCAGUGGAGGUUGCUUCUUGGCGGCGAGUCUUUGUGUCGAUCUGUCGUCCAAAAUUGAUUUUAAAUGAUCUUUUAUCACUCUUCUAAACUGCCGUAGGUGAAGGUGAUGUAGCGUAUGUUAUUUAUUAUUUUUUUUACAUCUUUUUAAACACUUGAUUAAAAAAUAGCCGUAGUUUGUUUUAUAAAAAAAA